AAGAGUAAAGUCUUAAAAGCAGAGAUUCAAAAAGAAAUAUAUUGGAACACUGUACAGCCUUCAGACAAACGUCCAAUACUAGUCAUGUCUGUGAAUAUUGUGUACCACGCAUCUAAAGGUCAUCUCUUUAACGUGAGAAGAUUAUUAGAACAUGGCAUCCUUCCAGAUGCAACCGCUGCCAAUGGUGAGACGGCUCUGUUCCAUGCAGCUCUUGGAGGACACUUAGAUGUUGUUACAACCCUUCUUAAAUAUGGGGCAGAUCCAAAUAGAUGCUCUGUCAACGGACUUUCUCCAGUUAACGCGGCUYGUAUCAAAGACAACAUUCAUUCACUAGGUGCACUGCUUUUUCAUGGAGGCCGUCUCGAGCAUCCGUCAUUCAGCGAAUCAGCCGUGGUAACUGCGCACAGAUAUCGUAGCAGACGAGUAAAGCUUUACAUCAGGAAGAUAAAGGAACAUGCGCUGCUCAAUUUUACUGGUGAUGCCAUGGACGUUGUUGACGAGAUCAAGAAUCUUCACACUUUGAAAAAAGAAGAUACAGACGAGGAAAAAAGCAUCACUUAUGACUUCCAACCAGGUAGUUGUUCAUCCGUACCAUUGAUCGACGCCGACCAACUCACCACGCUACACGAAGAAGUCAGGUUCUCUUUCAUUGCUCCUUGUGGGACUUUUAGAAAUGCUUGCUGGAACAGAAUAGCUGUAACAGUCAAGACUUCAAAUCGUAAGAAAGAUAUGCAAAAAGACUUGGAAGUUCUAUGUAAUUUACGUCAUCCCCGCGUUGCUAUGAUACUGGCUGGCGUCAGCUCACCAAAUACCGAUUUAACCAGUUUGGUUUUCGAUUACUUCAAGUUGGGCAACUUACAUCAUGUACUGUAUGUGUCGCGGAAUUUAGAACUGAGCUUGAUCCAGAGGAUAACUAUAUUGUUUGAUAUAUCAAAAGCCAUGGAAUACGUCCACAAGAAGAGGAUUCUACAUUGCUAUAUCAAUCCGUACAGCGUUUUAGUUGAUGGAGAUCUUAGGGCUAAAAUUGGAAAUUUCGAACAUGCACAGAACAUCGAUGACGAUACUUCAGAAGGUACAUCUAUCAAUCAUAUCGGUGAGCAACACCCAUGGAUGGCCCCUGGUCAAUUGAAUGGCGAGCCAUCUAACAAGAGCAGUGAUAUAUACAGGUAG